AUGCCAGCCUUUCCCCAGCCCUUCACCUCGACCGUCUCGCACUGGCAAGAGACUAACCGCGGCCCCACAUCUCUCUGGAGUCACGGACGCGAAGCCAGCCUGCCCACAGAAGUGGUAGACUAUGUGAUCAUCGGAGCUGGCGCGACAGGUGCCGCCCUCGGGUACCAACUCUCCCGCGCCGGCGCCGGAGGGGUGGGUAAAUCCAUUGUCCUCCUCGACGCCAAGGACGCAGCCUCCUGCGCCUCUGGGCGCAACGGCGGCCAUGUUGCCCCCCGGGCAUGGGCCAUAUUCCCUAUCCUCAUGGCACCUCUGGAGAAGGGCGGUGGUGGCCUCAACGCCGAGCAGGUCCUCGACAUCAUCUUCUUCGAGCAGGAUACCUGGAUCUGGUCGAGCGCAUUGUCAAAAACGAGGGACUCGAGGUCGACUUUUGGCGUGGACACCGAUGCAAGCCCCAAGUACAAGCACCGUAAACUCGAUUGGACAGUCAUCAUGGACCCUGCCGAGGCUAAGCGGGUGUCCCGUAUCAACGACGCCGUCGCGUGUAACCUUGUACCCAGCGGCAGCUGGCACCCACACAGGGGUGUGACGGCCCUACUUCGCCUCGCACUCGAGUCAAAGGCCGCCAACGUCCAGUUCUUCUCCUGGGCUCCAGCCUCCGGAAUCACCAACCUUGCGAACGGGCUCGUGUCCGUCGACUGUGGACCCCGAGGCAUCGUCACUGCGCGCCAAGUCAUCGUAGCGACGAACGCGUACACGCGGCACCUACUCCCCGAGACGCAGGAUUUGCUGGUCCCAAGGCUAGCACAGGCGUGCCGAGUCGUCCCGACCGCCUCGUACUCGGGACCGGAGUCGCUUUCCACCACCUACACUGUCCGUGAGGGCCCGUACCUAAUCCAAACACCGAAUUCGGGCCUCAUCUUUGGACCUUACCCGAUCAUCGACGAGACGGAGCACGUCUUCAACGUCGAAGACGAUAGCAUCAUCACACCAGGGGUAGGUGCCUGGCUGGACAGCUGGUGCCGCGACCACUUUGUGAACUGGGGCAAGGAGAGCGCCGGAGAGGGGCUCGUCCACCACUGGUCUGGCGUCAUCUGCCAUUCUGCCGACCUGCGUCCCUUUGUAGGCGCGGUGCCUGGAAGGCCCGGUGUCUUCAUUUCAGCUGGUUACUCCGGGCACGGCAUGGCCCAGCUCGUCAACAUCACGCGCGGACUGGUCAACCAGCUCCGAACCGGACAGUGGGACGACGCUAUUCCACGUUCUUUCGCUUUGACUGAGCACAGGAUGGAGCGGGCCAGAGCUGAGGCUGUCCACCCGCUCGACUAUGAGAAGCGCGGUGUCACACUCAAGUACUUUGACGGCACGGUUUCCGAAGAAGUGGCGAAUUUGUAGACCGCUUCAUCUCAGGUGACCGUCAAGUAGAGUCUGAAGAAGCAAGAAGAAUGGAUGGGGAUCUGUGUUCAUGCAGCCUCUCCUGGCAGGGUAGAACUGUAGUCGCGAAC